GUGGCAGUCCUUUCUUAGCGCCAGAGGCCAAGUUCAAGCCAAACAGUUGGGAGCUGUAAGCAGGUGGAACUCUGCCACCUAUAAGCCACUCUCCUCUUUGCACCUGAGAAGAAGAGCAACCUGCUGGGCGAAGGGAAGGGGAGCGGCAAGGAGAGGCCCGUCUUGGGCCUUUUGGAUUGGACGAGCCUCCUGGGAGGGGCGGGGCUUGGAAGAGACAUUUUAACCAACCCAAAGCCAAGGCAGGAGCUCAAAAACAACAACCUGCUGCUCUUGAGGGCUGUUGCUGUCCAAAGCUUGUUUUCCUUCGCGUCCGGCGGGGCAUUCUCAAACAAGCCCUUCGGAAGGGGCGGGAAGGUUGCUCCUCCUCCUUUUUGUAUUAUUAUAACGCGCUGGUUUGGAGGGGAAAGCGCGUGAGGGAGAGAAAGGCAGCAUCCCACUGAGGAGAAGAAACGGGAAAAGAAGUGGCCUCCGAAGUUCCUCAGCCACCUGUUCGCCUCGAGAGAGCCUGAGCGCACCUUCCCUUCAGUGGGGAAAGGGGGCCUGAAUUGGGACUCUGGGGGACCUUAUCCCAUAGGAAAGGGAGAAGAAGCGCCUCCUUUUUCCCGCCUUAUGAGGGGCGACGCUUGAAGCAAGGAGGACUUGAGAGAGACGGCAUGAAGCUGGAGGUCUUCGCGCCUCGCUACGAGGACAAGCUGCAGAGCGACCAGGAGAGCGGCGGGAGCAGUAGCCACGCGGCCUCUCCGUCGGCGGGCGAGAGCGAGCUGGGCUCGGACGGGGACUGCGCGGCUCCCGUCUCGCCCGCCAAGCCGCCGCCUCCCCUUCCUCCUCCUCCCCCUCCUCCUCCGCCGGGGAAGCCCUACACGCGCCGCCCGAAGCCGCCCUUCUCCUACAUCGCGCUGAUCGCCAUGGCCAUCCGGGACUCGGCGGGCGGGCGCCUGACGCUGGCCGAGAUCAACGAGUACCUGAUGGGCCGCUUCCCCUUCUUCCGCGGGGCCUACACGGGCUGGCGCAACUCCGUCCGGCACAACCUCUCGCUCAACGACUGCUUCGUCAAAGUGCUGCGCGACCCGGCCCGGCCCUGGGGCAAGGACAACUACUGGAUGCUCAACCCCAGCUCCGAGUACACCUUCGCCGACGGCGUCUUCCGCAGGAGGAGGAAGCGCAUCAGCCGGCCCGGCCCCGCCACGCCGACGGAAAGCCCGGACAGCCCCAAGCCCACGCCGCCCGCGCCCUCGCCAUCGCCCUCCUCCUCCACCAAAUUCUCCAGCUCCUUCGCCAUCGAGAGCAUCCUCAGCCGCCCUUUUCAGCCCUCCAAAGCGGGAGAGCAAGCCGCCUCUCCGUGGGGCUUCCUCCCACAGCCCGCCACAGCCUAUACCUACUUCCCUGCUUUCCCACUCGCGGCGCCGCCUCCUCUCUACCCUCGGUUCGAAGGGGCCGAAGGAAAGGCCUUGCCAUCCUCCUCCUCCUCUUCGGAAGCGCUACGGACGCUCGGGGCAGCCCAGCUCUACUGCCCCCUCCGGCUGCCCGCGGUAUUGCAGGCGGGGUGCCUCCUAUAGGCCCAAAGAGACUCGCCUCCAGGAAAGGGGGACCUGUUGGAGAAGCCUCCCCGCCUUUCCAAAAAUAGAGGGAGGAGAUCAAAGAAUUUGGGGGACUUAUGUAUGUGUGUCAAAGAACAGGGGGAGCCCAGGCAUGGGCAAACUUCAACCUUCUA